GUGAAAGAUUUGCUUUCAGCACCACCUGCAGAGAUGGUCUUGAUACAGCACAGUCAUCUUGCCAUUGGCCAGCGGUACAUCCAUGCGGACUUUGACCAGAAGGUCUUCACCUUCAAGACCAUGGAAGACCAAGCAAUCUUUCAUCAGCUGUUUGUGGAACCUAUCAAGCAGAUGAUUGCAGCCAAGAAAGGCCAAGUCUUCAGUGACUACUUGGAGGCCUAUGUUCAGACAAUUGUCCCUGAGGCCUGCCUGGAGCGUUCUGGAUCUGCGGAGCUAUCUUUCUCCCUGCACCCUUCUGGUGUGUACACCUCCAAGAAAGUCAAGAAGGGAGAUCUGCAGCUCUACCCACUUGGAAUUGCGCAGCUUGUCAAAGCUGAGUAUGUGGGGAAGAUCAAAGGUAUUCGCUUGAAAUAUGAAGGCAUCCGCUUUCAGCUGUCCACCUACAAGCAGCUCUCCAGCUUUUAA